CCAUAACCUUACUUUCCACCUAAAUGCGCCAUUUCUGCUUACACAAUUUUAUGCAAAUGCAUUUUCUUUUUGAUUUCCUUGACUUUUUCUAUGGAUAUAACUGAAGCGAGUACCAUAAUUUUUAGUGUUCGGGAUAACAUUUUAAAGGAACUCGAUAGGAAGUAUUGGGAAUUGAAAAAAGCUGGAAUCUCAAGCCCAAUUCCCAUUCCCAGAGAAGAGCUCAGAUUGCUAGAGAUACUCUACGGAGAUACUUUGAAUAAGGCAGUGGAUAUUCUGAAGGAGAGAAGGAUUAAGCCGUGCAAGGAGUGUCCACAUGAGAAAGGUAUUUACGAAUUGCAGCAAUUUAAGAUUCAGGGCAGCAAGAACAAUGUUUAUCAUUUGGCGGAGAAUGCAAUGAUCUGUCGGUGUCAGGCUUUUAAGCAUCACUUUUUUACCCAUUCCAAGAAGUUUCAGUGCAAGCACAUCCUUGCUCUGGCUCUCAUGAAGUUCUAUUACAGCGAUUACACUCCGACUGUUGCUAAAAAGUUUUGAAUAUUGGAAUUUUGGGGAGGGUAUUGCAAGAAAAUGGUGAAUCCGAAAGAGGAGGAUAUUGUCUUUGGUGCUACUUUGCAUCAUGUCAAGACCCUGAGGAACAUCUUGAAAGCCCUGACGAUUGUCGAGGACGUGAUCUUUGAGGUUGACCAUCAGGGAGUUAGGAUAACUGUUGAGGAAGGGCAUUGCCUUCAGGCUUCCCUUUUCAUGCCACAAGAAUGGUUCGCAGAAUACUACGUCAAACCCACGGAAGACCUAACCCAGGCCCCAAUUUCCUUCGCUGUCAAUCUCACCAGCCUCACGGGAUGCCUGAAAAUGACCUCAGACGAUGACUGCAAGCUCAUCAUUAUCUACUGCGGGGACAUUUAUCCUCUUGUGCUGGCCUUUAGUGGCUGCCCGGACAGCAAUAUUGCCAUAGAAGCCGAACUCAAGACCAAAAUCUUCCGCGAUACUCUCAAUUUUCACCAUUUGGCCAUGCCUCCGGACUACAAUCGGAUCAUCAUGAACAAAGCCAGUUUCUCUGAUCUCUUCAGCGAAAUUGACGUUUCUUCGGGAGAAAUUGAGAUGCUACUGAGUCCCCAGGAACCCUAUUUCCUCCUCAGAGCCACAACUGGCAAGAUUCAGGCCGAGACAACUGUUCAAGUGGCCAAAACCAGCAACAGCUUCGUGAGUUUCCGAUGCACUCACAGCCUCAAAUUGAAAUAUCGCAGCUCUCACAUCCGUUUCGCCAACAAAUGCCUGGCUUUUGCCCAUUCCGUGGCACUGACAGUUUACACCACGGGCCUCCUGAGCAUCGAGAUCCUCCUGGUCAACAGCAAUCCCGACACAACGACCGCCAGACGGGGAAGUGCAACGACUUUGGGGAAUAUCCCCGUCGAUGAUUCUUCAAUGGGCGUCCUCAAAUACUUCAUAACGCCCCUUCAUGAUGAUCUUGAAGAGUGAUUUCAUUUUAAAAAUUGAAUUUUUGACAACUUGUACAGAAUUUUUAAAUAAAACCAUGAAUUGACUUUGAAAAAAAA